UUGAAUUUCAGCAAUAAUGGAGAAUAAUAUCUUUGGUGUUGGAGGUAUCAGGCUUUAUGAAAGGAAGGGAUUCAUUUCUUUGCAGACACUCAAGUCUCCUUCAUUCUGGAUAGCCCUUGCUAUAAUAUGUGCUCCAAUCGCAUGAGUACUGUAUAUGUUUUAUGACACACAACCGUUUGUUGAAAGCAGAGCCAAUAUAUGUACAGGAGAAUGAAGCUUAGAUGAUCUCAGGCAUACUAAAUGAUAUGAAUUUAACUCAGACUAUACAGAUGUGUUUCUUUUUGAGAUUGAAUUAGAAGCUAUCGAAGGAGAAGCACUAAAAUAUCAAGAUACUGUCAAUUUGGCAUUUUCAUUAGAUUUUUCAUACCACAAUAAUGAGAAAUGAGAGGAUAAAAAAAUCUUUAGACACCAAUCUUCAUCAAGAACUAAACCAUUUGAGCUACAGAGAUGUAAAAAUAAGUGCGAUAAAAUAUUUGUAGCACAGCAGAACUAUUUUUCAGGGAAAUUCGUAAAUGCUAUUAUUGAAACUACAAAUGAGACAAAUUUGAAAUCAAAAUCUUUUAAAAAUAUUGAUUUGAUAAUCACUAAGAGAAACCCCAAUUAUUUCAGAUCAGAAUGAUACAUCAAAGGAGUAUUCUGCCUGAUAACUGCAUUUGCUGCUAUAUAUUUCUUCAGGAGAAUUUCACAAUAUAGCUACUCUGAUUUAGGCGUUGUCCAAACACAAAUAGUAGCAAUUAUUCUUUUGUGAUUAUUCUUUAAUGAGCCUUUAUUCUUCUUUUAUAGAGUCCAGGGCUAUCCAAUUGUUGAAAUUUUUAAUAGUCUUUGACAAGCAUCUCUGAUUUCUCUACUGAUGUAUUUCACAAUGUUCUUGCUAGACUCUCUCACAAUUCAGCAGAUAUUUAGAGAAAGUGCUUGCAAAUUUUAUGGAAUAAAGCUUCUAUUAACAUUCUUCGCUUGGGUUAUGAUCUUUGCAGCCUCCACUUCCAUCAAAUUCAGAGAAUAUAAGAAUGCCAUGGCUACUCAUAAUGAAGACUUCUCUGUUGAUGAAAUAAUUCUCUGGGCUUUUGCUAUGACUGUGAUGGGAUAUUCUUUCUACAUUAUUCUUAUAUCUCUCAGGUCCAGAUCAAAUGAUAGCAUAAAAAAGAAUGCUAAGCUUUUCAUCUAUCUGACACUUGCUUGAAUGAUUUUCACCUUGUGCUCUAUCCUUUUCUCUAAAUUUAAAGUAUUUGCUUCCAGAAACGGUCCUGAAAUAUUACUUCCGUUUAAUGAAUUAAUCUCUAGAGGAACUGUGACACUUUACAUUGUGUUCAUUACAAUUGCUUUCUCUCCAAAAGUAAUCUCACUGAAGCUAAUGCAGGAGAAGAACAAGCAUCAGGAGAUCAUAAACCAGCUUUAUGAGAGAGAACUUCCUGAGAUGCCAACCAUGAGAGAAGACACAGAGACAUAUAAUGAUAGAGGACAGUACCAGUUACCUCCAGAUGAGGAAGAAGAACCAAAGCAAAGAUCAACUGAUCCCAUUGAGCAGAAGAAGGAGAAGAUCUGGGAAGCUAUACAGAAAGAAGUUGAUGAAGAUGAUGAUGCAGAUGCAGACGCUGACUCUGAUGCUGAAGGAAGUGACCCAGAUAUUGAUAAUGAAGAUAGCGAAGAAAGCCAGGAGUCAGAAGAAGAGGGAAAUGAAAAGAAGGAUCCAUAAUUUACUUUUCAGCCUCCCAAA